AUGUUGGUUGCAAUAGACAGGAAAGCAAGGUUGGACUGCGGGCACUCGGCUGGUUGCAGUAUUUCAUUACAUAUAUUAGAAGGGAUUGAGGAGAAAACGGGUGUACAAUGUGUGCUUUGUGAUGUUGUAGCAUGUCAGUCUUCAACUUUUGCUGGUGUUUCCAUUGGCUGGUUACUGGUGUCAGUUGUCAUUACUGUGGAAGUGAAAUCUUUGAAAUUAGCAGCGAGUUAUACUCACGCAUGGGCAUAUGGUGCUGAUGCGGAUGACUUGAAGUAUUCCAUCAAUGAUGAAGAGAUAGGGACCUUUCCAAUGCUGGCAAGAGUAGCUGUUUUGUUGGGUUCUAGGCUUCGCAUUACUGCAACAUAA